CUGGACGGUAUUAAACGUAUACGUUUGUUUCUGUCUGAAAAAAGAAAGGCAAAAAAGGAGUGACAUACAAACCAUACAAAAACCAAAACAACUAACAUCUGUUUGACAUUUGGUGUUAUCUUUGUAACGUCGAACACCAAAACUAUGUAACACAAUUUGUGCCGUCCUGUGUGAUUUGCGUCAAUAACUUUCGUUAAAUCAGUUAGUCAACAAUGUCUAACGUAACUACUAAAUCAUGGACCGAUGAUUUACCAGUCUGUAAUUUUACUGGUGCUGGUUUUUCAACGAAUCAGGUGUAUAAUGAUGACGGAAGUCGUCGAAUGGAAGCGCAUAAAUUCAACGACCGGAGUUUUCACUGUCGAGUCGACGACAAUACUUCGAUUUAUGCAAUAUUCUCCGGACAAGGCGGUAGUCAGGUGGCUGAGUUUUCACUGCAGAGAAUAGCGGCCGAAAUACUGCUCGGGCAAUUGAACGAGAAAGGUGCUACCGAAGAAGAUGUGAAGGAAGUGCUGAGACAGGCAUUUAUUUCCGCCGAAAAGGGGUAUCUGGACUCGAUCGACAGUAAUCUGGCUAGGAAGACUGUGCUGCAAUGUGAAUUAGAGGGACUGAGUCAAUAUGAAAUUUCCCGAGACUAUCAGAUUGUGUUGGAUCGACUGAAUCUGAUUAACGAAGACCUUAAAAUGGGUACAAGUAUUGUUCUGGCGCUCAUCCACAAGCAGAAACUGUAUAUUUGUAAUAUUGGAACGUGCAGAGCGUUACUAUGCAAGAACGAUAGCAACAACGUUUUGCGGGUGGUUCAAUUGAGCGUCGACCACAAUCUGUACAACGAAGACGAGAUUUUACGUUUAAAGCAAUUGGGUGUGGACGUACAAGCGUUUCGCCAAUCGCCUGGUUUCAGCACCCGUGCAAUCGGAAGCUAUUUUUACAAAGCAGGCUACAAGGAUUGCGACCUAUUGUCGUCGGCAAUUUCUGAACCGGUGAUAGCGCAACCGGAAAUCGUAGGACCCAUACCACUGGACGAUUCAUGCAGAUUUUUAUUGCUCAUGUCGAGCGGUUUGUGUAAAACGCUAAGCGAUGUGUUUGCCAACGAUAGAAAUUUAGUGAAUAAAGAAAUCGUUCAAAUGGCUGUGGAGCAGUUUCGUAGCCAAUCGACUCUAAUGGGUGUAUCACAGUCGGUUGUACACAAAUGCGACCAAAUGCAUCACGACACCUUCAUUCGGCAAAUCAGAGAAAAUCAAUUCAGUUCCAUUAAAACUCGCGAAGACAUAAUAUUGUUGGUGAGAAAUUUCAAUUUUCCGUUGCCGAACGCAAUACACAAGGAUCAACAACAGGUUUCGUUUAGUCCUGUAACCAGGCAACACCCGAACAACAUGUUCUUUUCGGAUUCGGAGAGUAGCAGCAUAACUGAUACAAAUAACUCGGACUACACAGACACAAACAGCUCGACUUGUUCGGAUCGGCGUCCCCACCUACAUUCGUUCGAUAAAAACUACAAGGUAAAAUCGUACGUUGAUUUCAGUGAUUAUUAUAAGAUUGUUGAAAAUGCUAGACAGCAUGGAACACUUCCUGCAAAUAUAGAUUUUGACUAAAGAACUAUUAAAUCGUUUUCUGUUGUAUUUUG